UGUAUUUUGUCAUCAAAAACUCUUAUUCUGAAGAGCUGCGGAAACGAUUAUAUUAUUUUCAUUAAAAGUGAUCAUAAUGAUUGACAGAUUGAACAGAAUGUGAGCCUUUACGACGGAAAACAUCAUGCUGGUCAAAUAUAUCAGACAGCGCAGUGUUGGUCGGGCGAAGGUGACCCAUGCAGUGGUGGUGAUCUUCCUCGAAUUUUUUGCCUGGGGUCUCCUGACCACACCGAUGCUGACAGUCCUGCAUGAAACAUUUCCACAGCACACGUUUCUCAUGAACGGCCUCAUUCAGGGAGUGAAGGGUUUGUUGUCAUUCAUGAGUGCUCCUCUGAUCGGUGCCUUGUCUGAUGUUUGUGGCAGAAAGUCCUUCCUGCUGCUCACAGUUUUUUUCACCUGCGCCCCCAUCCCACUAAUGAGGAUCAGCCCGUGGUGGUUUUUUGCUCUGAUGUCAGUUUCUGGACUUUUCUCUGUUACGUUUUCUGUUAUAUUUGCGUAUGUGGCUGAUAUUACAGAAGAACAUGAGAGAAGCACGGCGUAUGGACUGGUCUCAGCAACGUUUGCGGCGAGUUUAGUGACGAGUCCAGCGAUCGGAGCGUUCCUGUCGGGCAAAUAUGGAGACAGUCUGGUGGUGCUGCUUGCCACUAUAAUUGCUGUGCUGGAUAUUCUCUUUGUUCUGCUGGUCGUUCCAGAGUCUCUUCCUGAUAAAAUGAGAUUAUCAUCGUGGGGUUUGCCCAUUUCUUGGGAGCAGGCUGAUCCGUUUGCUUCUUUGCGGAAGGUUGGUAAAGACUCGACAGUGCUGCUCAUCUGUGUCACAGUGUUCCUGUCAUAUUUGCCUGAAGCCGGACAGUAUUCCAGCUUCUUCCUCUACCUGGGGCAGGUCAUUAACUUUUCCUCCGAAGCGAUUGCAGGGUUUAUAGCGAUGGUUGGACUUCUGUCCAUCGGAGCGCAGACGUUACUUUUAAGCAUUUUGAUGAAGAAAAUCGGAAAUAAAAGCACAGUAUUACUGGGCCUCGGAUUUCAGCUGUUCCAACUGGCCUGGUACGGCUUCGGCUCAGAACCCUGGAUGAUGUGGGCAGCUGGUGCGGUCGCUGCCAUGUCCAGUAUCACGUUUCCUGCAGUGAGCGCGCUGGUGUCACGCUGCACCGAUCACGACCAGCAGGGAGCGGUUCAGGGAAUGAUCACAGGGAUUCGGGGUCUGUGUAAUGGACUUGGCCCGGCUCUGUUUGGAUUCAUUUUUUUCCUCUUUAAUGUGGAACUGAAAGAGAUGAGUCCAGUGGACCCGAACCCCGUCUCAACCGACACUGAAGAGAAGUCAGUUAUUCCGGGUCCUCCCUUCCUGUUUGGAGCGUGCACAGUUCUGUUGGCUCUGCUGGUGGCGAUCUUCAUUCCAGCUCAACACACUCCCGUAGUGAAGACCUGCAGCACACGGGUGAUGACGGAACCGGUGAGCGACGGCCUGGGGAACAGUUCUGUUCCUGUGAGCGAUGAAGACAACGAACCGCUGUUACAGGACAGUAGCUUAUAGAUGCCUGAACCCAGAACCAGACCAGAAACUCUGGGUUUGACAAGUUUUUAUUCCUCCAUUUUCUGAAUGUCUGACUUUCAUCAUUUUUUUUACUCUUUGGUGAUUGAAAAAGAAUGUGCCUUCUGCAUACUUUGGCAUAGUUCAUGUGCUGCCGUAUAUCUGAAUGUAAACUGUAGUCAGCCAAUGUCCUUUAAUGUAAUAUAUUCCUGAUGAACUUUAACCUCUGAGCUAAUUAAACACAAACAAGGGUGACAGACGGUCAACAUCUGACCGCACACAGUUAGUUAAUGCAUUUUAUUACAUAGAAGUAAAUAGUUUAUGAAUAAAUGGCACAAUAUGUCUUAAGAUUACAUGCAGCUUUGUUAAAUGAAUCAGCAAAUUAUUUACCCUAGCACCUGUGCUGCUACCUCACAAAUUAACACAUCGGCUUGAUUUAUUAAUCAUCUAUUUUUAUGAUUCUGUGCUGUUUGAGUUCUGAAAUCAUUUUCAGUGGAUUUUUAGGGGAUCUAAUCAAACUUUGCUUGUUUUAACAGCUUUAUUGUUGCACCACUGCUUCCCCAAAGUGCCAAGCACAAUUUUAUUUACUUUUUAUAUGUGAUUUAAUUAUUUAAUUGAAGUGUCUCUUAACCCUCCUAUUGCAUUCAGGUCAUUUUUGACCCAGGAGAGGUAGAUUAUAAUUUUUAAAUACCACAUAGUUUUUAGUACAGGAACCAAACUUUGUGACUUUGUCAAGACUAUCAAAAUACACACAAUACAUUGUUUUCAGAUUUUUUAAAAAAAAAAAAAAUUGUUUAAUAGAUAUAACCAUUUUAACCCUCCUGUGGUAUUGAAAAAUGGCACCUCUCUUUGGUAUUUGUGGUCAUUUUUGACCGGAAGGGUCAGAUGUGUAACCCUUUUUUUAAUAAUGAAGUAAGAACAAUAAAAUUAUGCAUUUCUUUUGGGCUUUUAUGCUAUUUUGAUCUUAUUUACAUGUACAUUUCUAAAUUUUACCAUUAAUUUGCAUGUACAAAUAAGCAUUAAAAAAAAAAAAAAAAGUAGAAACAUGAAGAAGAUAUAAGAAUGUGACAUAAAUUGGAGGCCGGUUUCUUCCAUUUGGUGAACAAAAUAUAAAUAACAUGACUUGAACACCAUGUCAUGUCAGUAACAGCCAGUAGAUGACUGUAGACACAUACUGUGUAGUCUGAUGACUUGUUGUAACCUAAUUUUAUAUUUUAUCACAAGAUAUGCAUUUGGAUAUAUAUUUAGACAUUAUUAAACUAUUAUUUGUCAAAGUUUAGCAUUUUAAAAUUGAUUUGAAGUGUCAGUUUUUGCAGUUAAUGUAAUUACGCUUGCAAUCAUACCUGACCAUGGUGUUACAAAGAGAAGACACAGAAUAAGCAUUUUUCAACCAAUAAUUUAUUUCAAACGUAAAUGUAAUAACUCAAAGUAAAUGCAUAAUAAUGUCAAGAAAAUGAACAUCAAGAAACAGAAAUGAACUGCACAAUUCUGAAAAUUCAAUUAGAGUAUAAAACAUUUUGCAAUUUCGAACUUUCUAUAGUAAAAAUUAAUUUUUUGUGUGUGUAUGUGUGUGAGUGUGUGUGUAUGUGUGUGUGGUGGCACAAAUAAUGUUUAUCCUCAUUUUUUUUUAUGUCGUCUGGGUUGUUUUGUUGUUAGUUUUUGAGAAUGAGUUCAUGUCACACAACUCAUCCAUGUUAACAUCUGUGUAAUUUGACAAACUUCUACCAAUUGACAGAUCAGUUUAGAGUUUGAUUGGAUUCACAGCCUUAGACGUCAACAACAAAAGAUGUGGGGUGGAUUUUGCUAUUCUAACUAUGCACAAUUAUUUGUUUACUCAUUUCAUCAUCUUAUUUUAGCAUAGUUGGCCAGAUCACAACAGACCUGCGACACUUUUGUCGGUCACGAGCCAUCAGUUAAGAAUCACUGCACUAGAGUUCAUAUCUGUUUAAACCUGUUACACAAUAUCAUAUAACAUGAACUGAGGCAAUAACAACCAACAUGAAGUACAAGUUGAAAUCUCUGAAGUUACUGCUUUAUCGUGCACAGAGAGAUGCACUAUUAAUGUAUUUUAAUAGCACAGAAAGAAAGGAAAUAUUUUAGUUGCCAUUUUUGGGGACCUAAUUAUUAUGCAUACUUGAAAACGAUGUCAAACAGGAAGUGUAGUUAUGAGUAUGUCUAUAUGCAAUCAGAGCAGUUCUUGAGUGUGUGUUUGCUGUAGAUCGUCGUGUAUUCACUCGAUGAGGUCAGAGAUGCACUAAACUCAAGUCAUUGUCAUGUUUUUCAAUGAACUGCACUUGGCUUUAUAACUGCAACUCGUGCCAUUCCUCAUUUCAAUGCAGACAUUGGUUUGAAUACUGAUGCUCAUUGGAUGUAGAUGCCUUCUGAAGAGAUUGUAUUGAUGUAUCCAGUGACAUGAAGCAUUCAUAUGAUUAGGUACACAUGUGUGUUGAGCUUUUAACUGUUCAGUGUUUCAAUAAACAAAUUCAUAUGCCGUGA